AUGUUCAUGUGUGACCCAUCACAGCUGCCCAGAGAGCCAACAUUCGAUUCGGAAACGGCGCUUGAAAGUGAGCCCAAUCCAAGGUCGAAUUUCCAUCGAGAGGAGAGAAUUGUCGAAGAGAGACAUGAGCAAACGAAGAAUCCGCCUGUGGAAGAGCCUCCUGAGAAGGAGGUAGAACCGACUCCAGAGGCUACCGAGCCAGAAGUCCCAGUCCCCGCUCUCGUGCUGGUUCCCUCAUUCUCACUAGAUUCUCCCAUGACCUCCGAAGAAUCGCCCAUGGCUGCCCAACCAACUACGGCUUUCCUUGACGAACCAGAUAGCCCCGAGGACAGGCCGAAAUCACGGCGAGGUAGCCGAGUAGGAGACGAAGUGCUUGACCUGCGCGAGGUUGGAGCAUCCCCAGUCAAUGAGAAUAACGGUUUUGGUCACCCACAUGAAGUCAUCGUAGUGGACGUCGCGAAAGAACGGCAGGACCCCGAACUGAAGCGAUGGUCCAGCAGCGAAGGCGAAGUGGACGUCUACUAUAAACUCAGCGACGACGAGGACACCAUCCGAGGUGACGACUGGUCAAGAAUAAAAUCGAACGCCGUGCCAGAGAACAAUCUGCGGUCAGAGGAAAGCGAAUCGGAUGUUGAUGAUGACGAGGAAGAACGGCUUACGAAGCAGGAUAGCGAAGUGGACGGCUACGUCUAUGAGCGAUUACGUGAAGAGUUAACACCAGUGCCUCCGGACAGCUAG